UGUACCGUGACAUGUAUUCUUGGUGCGAAAACCAUGCUUUGUCUCUCUCUGGUUUCUCUCUCACCCUCUCGCAGAUAAUCGCAGGUAAGCCAUUCCUCUCUUUCUCUCCCUCCCUCCCAUGGAUUAUCACAUUUCAUUCUUCAUUCCAACUCGUUUUUAUCGUCUCUUGUUAUUGCAUUGAGAGAUCUUCGUUGUUUCGGUUCUUUCAUUGUUUAAUUCAACACUUGCAACAACAAAAAAAACCAAUGUCGAUGUUCUUCUUCGGAACGUGGUUUGUUUCAGAUGCUGAAUGCUAAUGUAUUUCCGGAAUUUAGGGUGCUUAAUCAAAUUCUUUGGUUUUAAUUGUAUUGUAAUUAGCAAGUGAAAAGGCAUUGAAGAAUUUGACAGUAAUUGUAAGUUUAGGUUUUAAUAUAGAUGGCUUCACCUCCAUUUCUGGUGAAGGAUCAGAUGGAUGAGAAUUUUUUUGAUAAACUGGUUGAUGAUGAUACUCAUAUUGCUGAAUCUGGCCCUAGUUUUGUAGAAAAUGAGGGUUCUGAUGAGGGAAAAGCAUUUUCAAACUUAAGUGUUGGUGAAUUUCAUGCUCCCAAAGUAGAUUCUGGUGGCAAUAUUGAUGGUAGGGUCGACAGCGAAAGGGAAUCUGGUAUUCAGGUUGUUUCAGCGUCCUCGGAUGGUCAUCAGGAAAAUUUAGUUACUGAGGACAGUGUUUCGCUGAAUCCCCAUAAUGUAGUUCAAUCAAAUGAUGUUGCCUUGGAGGCUAAUGGUGAAUUGGAGUCAAAAAACAGCAAUAAUAGUGCAUCAAGUGGAAUGGGUAUUAAGGAGGUCGAUUGGAGUGCAUUUAAUUCCGCUUCAAAACUUCAUGGUGGGAGUGGAACUGGGUCGUUCUCUGACUUUUUCAGUGAAUUGAAUGAUGGUUCAGGAGGUUUAAACGGAAAGGACAUAGGGAAUUCUGCAUCAAACAAUGUGGUUGGCGUUCCUGAUCCUAUGCCUGGUGAUUUAAGUUCAUUUUGUUCUGUACAGCAAAAAGAAGGUCAAUAUCAUGGGUCACAAACGGAACAGGCCAUUGAUGGGCAUGAUUUAAAUAGCAGUCAGUACUGGGAAAACAUCUAUCCAGGCUGGAGAUAUGACCCACGCACUGGGCAGUGGGAUCAGUUGGAAGGUUAUGAUGCAACUGUGAAUACCCAGGAGAAUUUUGAUGUCGAGUCAGCUGGUGAUGGUGUAGUUACAGAGCAAAGGUCAGACGCUUAUUAUUCUGACUCUGUUUUGGGCAGUGUGGCAGAGUGUACAACAGCCAGUGUUACUAACUGGAAUCACGCUUCACAACAGAAUCUGGUGUACCCAGACCAUAUGGUGUUUGAUCCCCAGUACCCUGGUUGGUGCUAUGAUACAAUUGCCCAAGAAUGGCGUCAAUUGGAGUCCUACACGGCAGCUAUGAAUCAGCCAACCAGUGUCUAUCAUAACCAGCAGAGUCAAGAUGGGAAUGUUACAAAAUGUGAUUUAUUGCCUGAAAAAAAUCAUAGCAUUCAUGAUAAAUUUGAUCAAAUUGGGAAGUUUGGUUCCCGAGCCCCAAGUAGCCAUGGCCAAGUUUUGGGUGGGUCUGGAUCCACGAGUAAUUACAAUCAGCAAAAUAGGAAUACAUGGAUAACAGCGUCACUUCCUAACAGCGGAGUUAUUAAUAUUAGUGAUAUCCAACAAUCACACGAUCCUUAUGUUUCCAGUUAUCAUGCAAACAAACCCCCUGAUCAACAAAAUCAACAUAUGUGGUUUAAACCGUCUGAAACAGCUACUUUACCCAAGCAGACGAGUCAGAGUUUUGGUACUGCUAAUAGCAUUUCUGGCUCUCAAACCUUUAUCCCUGCUGUAAGCUUCUCUCAGCAUAUUAAUCAGCAUAAGAGGGAGCCAAGCCAACAGAUGCAUUUCUCGCCUGCUUACUUUGAUAAUCAGAAAUCAACUAAUAUUUCACAGCAGCCACUUCAGAGUGGCACCCAAUUGCUUUAUGGCUCCACUGAGGGGAGGUCACCAGAUCAGCGGCCUCCACAUGCUCUGGUGACUUUUGGAUUCGGUGGAAAACUUAUAGUCAUGAAGGAUAACAGUUCUUUCAUGAAUUCAGCUUACGGAGGCCAGGACUCAGCUGGAGGUGUCAUUAAUAUUCUCAACUUGAUGGAUAUUGUGAUGGACAAAACUGAUGCUUCAAGCAUUGGAUCAGGAGCUUGUAGUUAUUUCUAUACAUUGUGUCAGCAAUCAUUUCCCGGCCCAUUGGUUGGUGGGAAUGUUGGAAGUAAAGAGGUGAAUAAAUGGAUUGAUGAGAAGAUUUCUAACUGUGAAUCUCCUGACAUGGACUACAGAAAAGGUGAACUUCUAAGGUUGCUCUUCUCUUUGCUGAAGAUUGCAUGUCAGUAUUACGGAAAACUUCGAUCUCCCUUUGGCACUGACCAAACAUUGAAGGAAAGUGAUUGUCCAGAAUCAGCUGUAGCUAAGCUCUUUGCAUCUGCCAAGAGAAAUGUUGGUGAAUAUGGUGCUUUUAGAGACUGCUUACAGAACCUGCCCUCUGAAGGAGAGAUUCAGGCUACUGCUUUUGAGGUCCAGAAGCUUCUGGUUUCUGGUAGUGUAAAAGAGGCUUUACAUUGUGCACAAGAAGGUCAAUUGUGGGGGCCAGCCCUUGUUCUUGCAGCUCAACUCGGUGACCAGUUUUAUGGUGAUACUGUGAAACAAAUGGCACUUCACCAGCUAAUUGUGGGAUCACCUUUGCGGACAUUAUGCCUUCUAAUUGCAGGGCAACCUGCAGAUGUAUUUUCCAAUACGACGAGCACUAGUAGUCUGCCUGGUGCUGUAAAUGCCUCUCAACAUUCUUCUGAGAUUGGAGCUAUUUAUAUGCUUGAUGAAUGGGAGAAGAAUUUAGCCAUCAUAACUGUAAACAGAACGAAAGAUAAUGAGUUUGUGAUCACUCAUCUUGGAGAUUGCCUAUGGAAGGAGAGGGGCGAGGUUACUGCUGCCCACAUUUGUUAUUUAGUUGCUGAAGCAAACUUCGAGUCAUAUUCAGACAGUGCACGAAUCUGUCUUAUUGGUUCAGAUCAUUUGAAAUUCCCGAGAACAUAUGCUAGUCCUGAGGCCAUUCAGAGGACAGAGUUAUAUGAAUAUUCAAAGGUGCUUGGAAAUCCACAGUUCAUUCUACUACCAUUUCAACCAUAUAAGCUUAUCUAUGCACAUAUACUAGCUGAAGUGGGAAAGGUGUCAGAUUCGUUAAAAUACUGUCAAGCUGUUUUGAAGUGUUUAAAAACUAGCCGGGUACCAGAAGUGGAUGCAUGGAAGAAUUUCGUAUCAUCUCUUGAGGAGCGGAUUAAAAUUCACCAGCAGGGUGGAUACUCUGUUAAUUUGGCUCCAGCAAAACUGAUGGGUAAAUUGCUGAACUUAUUUGAUAGUACUGCUCAUCGGGUUGUGGGAGGGCUUCCACCACCUGUACCAUCGGCAUCACAUAGUAGUGCUCAGCGCAAUGAAUAUGAUCACCAAAAAGUGGGCCCAAGGGUGCCUAACAGUCAAUCUACAAUGACCAUGUCUUCUUUGAUGCCUUCAGCAUCAACGGAACCGAUAAGUGAAUGGAAUAGUGGGAGCAAUCGACCGAAGCACAGUAGAAGCGCUUCAGAGCCAGAUUUUGGUAAAUCACCAAGAAAGGUAAGUUCUUCUGAGCAAGAAAAGGCAUCAGGAUUAGGUGCGUCUUCUCGUUUUGGUCGUUUUGGCUCACAGUUAUUCCAGAAGACCAUGGGGUUGGUAUUAAGAUCCCGCCAAGAUCGACAGGCUAAGCUGGGUGAGAAAAACAAAUUUUAUUAUGAUGAAAAGCUGAAGAGAUGGUUAGAAGAAGGCAUUGAAGCACCAGCUGAGGAAGCGACCUUGCCACCUCCACCAAGUAUAGCUUUCCAGAACAGAAUAGAAGGAUCUAAAAUUGAUAAUUCACAUUCUAAUGGCGGAUCAGAACAUAAAAACCCAAGUUCUUCUGAAUGGAAUUCAGAGGUCCCACCCAUUCCACCCAGUUCAAACCAGUUCUCUGCCCAUGGACGUGUGGGCGUUCGUGCAAGGUAUGUCGACACUUUCAACAAGGGUGGUGGAACCCCGUCAAGCAUAUUUCAGUCGCCUUCUCUUCCUUCUCCAAAGCCGUCAGUCGGUUCCAACGCCAAGUUUUUCAUCCCCACUACGGUGACCUCAGGAGAUGGGACGGUACAAACAGGAGAAAACUUGCAAGAAACCAUUGUCAACAGUGAAAAUCCCUCUGCAGCUGUUGCGAACAACAGUGCAUUGCCAUCUUCACCAAUGUCGGCAUCAUCAAUGGCAACAAUGCAGCGGAUUCCUAGCAUGGAUAACAUUACAAGAAGAACAGGAGCGAUGGUGAACUGUGAAAGCUCCAUUCCCCCACAUUCUCGACGUACAGCAUCUUGGAGUGGGAGCUUUUCCGAUACAUCUAAUCCGUCUAAAACGACUGAAAUAAAACCUCUUGGUGAGGCACUGGGUAUGCCUCCAUCUUUGUUUAUGCCCGGUGAUUCCUCAACGAAUAGAGGUAAUAUUGGGGAUGACCUCCAUGAAGUUCAACUUUGAGGUGUCCGGGCAAGAGAUUGUGGAUAUUCACUUUCACGUGGACAUAUGGGUAAUUCUAUUUGCACACCACACUUUAUUUUAGUACAACACCAUUUUAUACCGUUCGGAUAUCAACUUGUGAAUAAAAACCAAUUGUUUAAACAAAAAUUCCAUUCAACAGUUGGUAUCCGAGCAAUUGAUUUUUGUUCGGAAGUUGAUAUCUAAAUGGUAAAAAUGGUAUGCACUGAGAUUGAGAGUGGUGUGCAAAUAGAAUUACACUUGACAUAUUGCCAUGCGACGCCAAUUACAGAGAUUUUUGACCAUCGUUUGGCUGAAAUUAGGAAAUGAGUGAUGCUAUGUGUGGCCUCCGAUAAAGAUGUGUACCGUCCAACCAAUAUUUGGCCUAAAAAUUGAAGGUGCAGACAUCUUCAGCCAUUGGAGGAGCUUCUUGUUCUCUGAAAGAAGAUCAAGGAUUGGCAUAUUGUUGUACAGGUCAUUUGUUGAUUUAUUUGGGACAGAUUGCUUUGAUGACAGUAGAGGAGGGUCUGAAAAUGCAUUCUAUUCCAAUUGAACAGAAAAAGAAGAAAAGAAAAAAAAAAGUUUGCUAGUUCACAUUUUUUUCACUGUUCAUGUUGAUAAUCAAAUUUUGUUCGAUCACACAAUAAUAUCAGAAAUGAAAGGCCGAAUAGUUUUUGUUCUAACCUUUUUUUUUUUUUUCAGGAAAAGGGAACUCUCUGUCUCUGACAAUUUUCCCACUUUGUUAGUUUUUGUUGUUGGUUAUCCUAUUGAAGAUGUACAGGACAAAUUUGAAGAAAUUUCAGCAAUGUUAAUAUAACCAUUGUUUUUAUCCAGACUA